UUUUUAUUUUGGCUGUUUUCUGGUUUUCCUUGUCCCCUCUCCCAAACUUGACCUGAGCUCUCAAGGGAGGUCCAAACAGGGAGCGUGAGAAUGUGGGUGGAGGACGCCGGGGAGGGACUGCCUGAACCUGCCUGCCGGGGUGUAACACCUCGUCCAGGAGCUGGGAGCCUCCUGGCUGGUGGCCUGACAGGGUGUCCCCCCACCCCCCACCCCCAGCAGGGCCUGGGGGAGCAGGCUGUCAGCAGGCAUGGUGGGGGCUCUGGCCAGGGGCUGGAGGAGCCGCAGCUCCCCUCGAAGAGCCGAGUCAAAACUGCUCAGUCCACGGAGCCCAGAUGGAACUCGGACACAGGAUGAGCCCCAGUUGCACGUUGAAGUUCCAUCAGCUGUGACAAAAGUUCCAGAUCCUCAGACGGCAAAAGACCUGCCCAGAGCAGCCAGGCCUCCUCAAGCCCAGGCAUCCAAGGCCAUGGAACUCUCGGACAGCGACCGGCCGGUCAGCUUCGGCUCCACGUCGUCCUCGGCCUCUUCCCGGGACAGCCACGGCUCCUUUGGCAGCAGGAUGACCUUAGCCUCAAAUAGCCACCUGGGCUUGUUUAACCAGGACAAGGAAGCCGGGGCCAUCAAGCUGGAGCUGCUUCCCGCCAGGCCGUUUCCCAGCAGCGAGCUGCAGAGGGCCGGCCGGGCCGGGCUGCAAAACCCUGAGGAGGACGGAGAGAGGCCACUGCGGGCGCCACGGAGGGUGUCCCCAAUUGUGGCCACCAAGGCCGCCGCUGUGGCCACCACCAGCCCCAAACUCCUCUACGUGGACAGAGUUGUCCAGGAAAUUCUGGAGACGGAAAGGACAUACGUGCAAGAUUUAAAAAGCAUCGUGGAGGACUAUUUGGACUGUAUCAGGAACCAAACUCAACUUCCUCUUGGGGCCGAAGAAAGAGCAGCCCUUUUUGGAAACAUACAGGAUAUCUACCACUUCAAUAGUGAACUUCUGCAUGACUUGGAAAACUGUGAGAAUGAUCCUGUGGCCAUAGCGGAAUGCUUUGUGUCCAAGAGUGAAGAGUUCCACAUUUAUACCCAGUAUUGCACUAACUAUCCAAGAUCAGUGGCCGUGCUAACAGAGUGCAUGAGGAACAAGACCCUGGCCAAAUUCUUCAGGGAACGGCAGGAAACUUUAAAGCACUCACUGCCUCUGGGGUCCUAUCUCCUGAAACCAGUUCAGCGCAUCCUCAAGUAUCAUCUCCUUUUGCAUGAAAUAGAAAAUCACCUGGACAAGGACGCAGAAGGCUCUGACGUGGUGCUUGAUGCUAUCGACACGAUGCAGCGAGUGGCCUGGCACAUCAACGACAUGAAGCGGAAGCACGAACACGCAGUGCGGCUGCAGGAGAUCCAGAGCUUGCUUACCAACUGGAAGGGGCCAGACCUGACCAGCUAUGGGGAACUGGUCCUCGAGGGGACAUUCCGCCUGCAGAGAGCCAAGAAUGAACGGACUCUCUUCCUCUUUGACAAGCUGCUCCUCAUCACGAAGAAGAGGGAGGACACGUUCACCUACAAGGCUCACAUCCUGUGUGGCAACCUCAUGCUGGUCGAGGUGAUACCCAAGGAGCCGCUCAGCUUUAGCGUCUUCCAUUACAAGAACCCCAAGCUGCAGCACACAGUUCAGGCUAAAUCACAGCAGGACAAACGCCUGUGGGUUCUGCACCUGAAGAGGCUGAUCCUGGAGAAUCACGUGGCGAAGAUUCCAGCAAAGGCCAAGCAAGCAAUACUUGAAAUGGAUGCCAUUCACCAUCCUGGCUUCUGCUACAGCCCUGAGGGAGACUCAAAAGCAUUUUGUGGUUCCAAAGAAGGUUCUGCCCCACAUCGGCUGAGAAGAAAAUCUGAACCUUCCUCAAGAUCGCAUAAAGUUUUGAAGACCGGUGAGACAACGCAGGACAUCCAAAAGGUUUCCAGAGAAGAAGGGUCUCCCCGGCUUCCCUCGGCAGGGCCACCCCCCACCCAGCGGAACAGUCAGCCCAGCAGCUCGGUCCUGGUCGGCGUGCUGGGCGGGGACGGUGUGAUCGGGAACAUCUGGACCGACCACCAGGUCAGGCGAGCCCUGUUUCCCAGCCGACGGUCUCCGCAGGAGCAGGGGGAUGAUGACGACGAUUAUCAGAUGUUCCUGCCGUGCUUUUCCUCUUCAGACUUGAACUCUAGCAGACUGAGUGAAGAGAGCACCUCGAGCCGCCCUUGCAGCUGGCACAUGGGCCAGAUCCAGCCGCUGGAGACCUCCAGCACCGGCCACAGGAUGGUCAGGCGGGCCAGCAGCGCUGGCGAGAACAACACCUGCCCUCCUGACGUGAGAAUCAGAGACAGCCAUGGCUCUCAGUAUAGCCUCCGAAGGGAACUGCACAACAGCCCUAAAAUAGAAGAGCAGGACAGGAUGACUUCCUUGGGGUCCUCUAUAGAGUUGACUAUCGAUGAUAUAGACCAUGUCUACGAUAACAUAAGUUACGAGGACUUGAAACUAAUGUUUGCUAAACGGGAAGAAGCUGAAUCCACUCCCCUCCAAUCGGCCCGCGACUCUGUUCGCCCCAAAAGCACCCCGGAGUUAGUCUUCUCAAAGAGGCAAAGAGGCCAAGAUAAGAGUUCUCUUCCCACAAAAGGAGACGGCACUCUGGCAGGUAGGGAUGUAGCCAGCCAGAGUGCACAGGAGCUCAAGGCAGUCGAGGAAAACAUCUAUGACACGAUAGGACUCCUGGAUCCGCCAUCACUGAAUUUCCAGUGCAGCAGCCUAAAGCACUCCAAGAGGAGCACUUUUUUGGGUCUAGAAACUGACUUCCCAUGCUGUGACAGCCUGAGGCCAUUCGUUUCCCAAGACAGCCUUCAGCUCAGUGAGGAUGAGGCACCUGGUCCCCAGGGGCCCCCUGCCCAGGAUUAUUUGAGUUUGCUCUACAACUCUUCCAGCUGCAGCUUGUCCAUCACUGAUAAGUCCGUAUCAGAUAGACUGUCUGAAGAAGUAGAUGAAAUCUGGAAUGACCUGGAAAAUUACAUCAAGAAAAAUGAAGACAAGGCGAGAGAUCGUCUCCUUGCUGCCUUUCCCGUUAGCAAAGAUGAUGUGCAAGACAGGCUGCACCCCGGGAGCACCCCUGAACUAAGCCGGGACAGGGAGCACUCCCUGUCCACCCUCUCCCUCCCGGGGAGCCAUGCUUUCCCUACAUCUGGGACAAGCAGGGUUGGCCGGGCCAGCCAGCCCCGCUGCCAGUUGGAAGAAGACCUGAUUUCCAAAGAAGACUCCUUUGUGAGCCUCCACCAGCACUCUCUGGCCAGUGAAACGCCUCCUGUGGAAAAUCCCUACGACCUGGCCAGCAACAGCCUGUCCCAGACAGACCUGGAAAGCCCUGACCCUGGGGUGGAUGCCACAGACAAAACAAAAAGCAGAGUCUUCAUGAUGGCGAGGCAGUACAGUCAGAAGAUCAAGAAGGCCAACCAGCUUUUAAAAGCGAAAAGCCCCGACUUGGAGCAGCUGGCUGGCGAGCAGCACAGACCCGGGCACAAAGACCUGGCUGCCAUUUUGGAAGAAAAGAAGCAAGGAGGGCCUGCCAUUGGUGCCAGGAUUGCUGAGUAUUCCCAACUGUACGACCAGAUUGUAUUCCGAGAGACUCCCCUUAAAACUCAGAAGGAUGACUGGGCCAGCCCUCGAGAGCCUUCCAUCUCCAGCCCCCCAUCACCUUCCCAGUCCCAGCAUGGUAGCAAAGACUGGCUUUUGCAUUCAACCUAUAGCAAUGGAGAACUAGCAGAUUUCUGUCCCCAGCCAGAGCAAGACUUGAAGUUGAAAUAUCCCACUUUAGAGAUCAAUGCAAGAAGUACCCCCAGACAGUUGUCCCCGGCUUGCUCUGUGCCUUCUCUUCAGACCUGUGACCCUUUACCAGGCCCCUUGCAGAGACACAGUGUGGUGGUAAAUCAGCCCAACAAAGAGAACUCAUGUCAUAGCCAUCUCUACAACUCCCUAGGUUGGAAAGGAAUCAGCCCUAAAUCUCAGCCUUAUGGCAGGUCCCAGUCAUCUUCCUCAAUCCUGAUGAACAAAUCAAUGGACUCCAUCAACUAUCCCAGUGACGGCCUAAAGAAGCAGCCAGUGUCUUCACACGGAAGUCCCAGAUGUGAGGGUCACCAAGGUCUACUGCCAGACUCAUGUCAGCAGCGCCCUGGAAAACGCUCAGAUCUCACACUCCAAGACUCCCAGAAAGUGCUGGUAGUGAAUAGAAAAUUGCCCUUAAGUGCCCAAAUAGCUACACAGAACUAUUUCUCCAAUUUCAAAGAGACUGAAGGCGAUGAAGAUGACUAUGUGGAAAUAAAGUCAGAAGAAGAUGAGUCAGAGUUAGAGCUAUCUCAUAAUGGUAGGAGGAAAUCUGACCCAAAGAUCAUGGAUGCUGAUUUUUCCCAAAAAGUCUGCGGCAACAAUAUAUCUCAAGCUUUGAGCAAAAGCCCUUGCAUUCCAAAAAGGCCAGUAAACAGCAAACUUGGUCUUUCACCAUACCUGGCAUCAUACAACGAUCCUGACAAACUGGAUGACUAUCUUUGGAGAGGGCCGUCUCCCAAUCAGCAAAAUAUUGUUCAGUCUCUAAGGGACAAAUUUCAGUGUCUUAGUUCAAGCAGCUUUGCCUAAUGUUCUCAGGAGUAGCUGCCUGAAUUGACUUAUUAGGCUCAUAAAUUACAGAUGCUGGUGAAGUGUUUUAUAUCUACCAGAUUAAAGUGGUUUUGUAAUAACUGGAGGUGUACAAUGUACUUUCUAUUUCAGCACAACUUUCUGAAGCGGCUGACAAAGUGGCCCAGAUUGUACUGUAGCAGACAUCAGCACCAGUUAACAGAAUGUUUGCUGAUGCUGAUUGUCUUGUUUCAUGUAAGUCAAUCUUACUUGAAAAUUUUUAGACAUUUUGUUGUUGUUGUUUUGGUUUUAUUUAACACGACAGCCAUGAUAUACAUUUCUUUUCCAUAUCCUGACAAUAAUGCCCAGACUCUAAGAAAGUAUUAUCUAGAAGCCACGAGUAGUUUUUCCCUAGAACUCACAGACAACAAGGAAGUCUUUUCAUGUGUUUUAAAAGGAAAGCAAACUUCGGCUUUUUAAAGGACUGUGCUUAUAUCUGGCAUAAGCCAGAGAUGUCUAAAUUAGAGUGCCAUCUGGGGUCCAUUUUAGGGUUUGUAUGCUGAUAUUCCUAAUCAGUUCUUUGUGAAGCAAAAAUUGUGUGGCUGUUGAAAAUUAGAAUAUAGUAGGAUCAAUUUGGUAUAAGCAAAACUCCUCACCUGUAUUCCUGGACAAGGCCUGGAUGAUGUGCUGCUCAUCAUGCUUAUUUUUUUAUUUCUGGGGUGAAACGAAAGAUUCUCUGAAUGGCUUAAAGAAAACCAAGGUCGAUAAAAUGCAAAUUGACUAACCAUUAUUAUUAAAAAACAUGGGAUAACAUCUGGGACCAACUUGAUUAUCUCCUGGUUUUAGAGUCGAACAAGAACAAAACAAAACCAAACCAGUCAAAAAACUUUCCACACCAUUGUACAUGCUCAUCUUUAAUCAACCAAAAGUAAACCAUAGCUAAAAUAGGACACAGCACUUUAAAAUUACCCCCUCCAGGGCAGUUUUUUACGUGUACUUUCGUGAGUUUUGGAUGCGGCCAGGGGACCUUCUCCCAGCUCUAAGUAGUUUAUUUUCUGUACCAGACAUAACCUGGGGAGAGAACAGUAUCUUUGGCUACUAAGUUUUAACUAAAGCAUCUUCCUUUUAUAUUGUAAUUAUGAUCUUUAAAUAGCAGUUCAUUGUGAUAUCAAUGUACCUAUACUUUGGGAAGGGAACAGAAAAACAAAAGCAAGACCCUGUGAGUCAAAAAACAAAAUCAAAGAACCUAAAAAAAAAAGGCAGAUGGAUUGCUGCUUUACAAAAAGAUUCCAUUUUAUUGAAGAUGCCAGUUACUGUAACAAGAAUGUUUACUCAAACAGUGGCAUUUGUAUUCUCAUUUUAAGCAGUUUUACAUUCUGUGAACCCUCCCCCACACACACUCUCAAGUUUCCUUUCUGAAAGAUGACAGUAUGUGUCAUAACAAGGGAUACAAGCUUUUCAUUUAAAGGUAAGCAAUAAUAUUCAACCAGUGACAUCUUAUAAUUCUUUUCCUCUUUGUAAAUCCUAUGCCUCUUUUUUUUAACUGUAAAACAUAAAAUGUGCCCAUCCUUAUUUUACUAAUAGAUGCUAUUAGUAAAUAACAAAAAUAUAUUCAACCCAAGUCUCUUGCUUCUCCGAACUACUAUUUCUUCUUGUAGCUUAAAAAACAGUCAGUAUUGAAUAGCAGGGUUCUGGAAACAUUCCUUCUUCCAUUGCCUUUAUUUAAACAUCAUAUGAGUUUUCAGGAUUAUGUCACAUCAGAAAAGAUAAGCACUGUAAGAAAGUAUGUUCUUAGACUUGCUGGAAUAUUUGUUACCCUGAAUCAUCUUGUCUGAGGAAUUCAGUUUCCCAUUUUUGCAUUUUAGUUUAUAUGACCCAUCUUCUAUAUUAUCCAUAUUAUCACUGUGUCUUCAUCCCAGAAAUUAUGAAUUCUUCACACCAGUGUCUUUUCUUGUUGCAUGGCUUUGACGUCAACUCUAAGAAUAGACCACCACCAGCCCCUUUCCCCGCCAACCACGGAUGUCUUACUAUAUCAAAGGUCCAUGUGGUUGUCUUUAGGUUUUAGGACAAAUCUGUAGCUUUAUAUGUCACCAGUGACUUCUAUGGGCCAGGACACAGAUUCUGAGAGUUGUGUAUGUAUACAUAAGCAUGAUGUUUAUAUUUUUCCUCAAAGUCAUCUAUUAAAUGCUUUUGUUUAGUUUCUUUUGGAGGUGGGGUGGGGGUGUAUAUAACUGGGGGUAAAAAGUUAUAUGUACUUAAAAGUAUGUCAUGUUCUUAUUCAGUCCCUGUACUGAAGGAUCAAUUUCUUUUUUUAUGAGGUCACUUUUCAGCUACUCUGUUCUUUGUGGGGGGGGGGAAAUGCAUCUAGGAAAACAUAGUUUAAAUACUGUAUAUAAGAUAAUAAAAAUUAGUAAUGCCCAUUAUUUAAUAAACUUUGUAAAGUACAAAGUAAAUUACAGUGUGAAUCAAUGUGUUUACUCUAGCAAGGUCAAGAAUUUCCCAAGCUGCAUUUAGCUACAGUACUCGGUGAGCA